AUGAGUGAUUGGAAAGAUGGAGAAUGGCAGAUAAAGAAAUUUCAUGCCAAGGUUGUUGUGGGGGACAUGAACAGCGAACCUAAGAAUACCAGUUCGAUACGGAAGGUAAAAAUAGGUGGCAGAGAACUGUCAAGCAUGAGUAAUGUCCAAUCGAUAGUGCUUGCGGAAGUAAGGGAAGCUACUUCAAUAUCGAAUUUAAUAAACUUAUGCUCUGAGGAAGGAUUUUCUGUUGUCAAGAUUCGUUAUAUUUUGUUAUCUCACAAAGAGCUGUUUGGUUGGAAAUCCUUGGGUUACCUAUGUGUGCGUGGAACCCAUGUGUUUUCAAGAGGAUUGCUUCGCGAUAUAUGGGGAUCAAUAUUGUUCUCAGAUGAUAAUGAAAGUAACUGCAUGUCUGCUGGAAAAGUGUGUGUGUUGACUGGGGUUAUGGCGAGUAUUCAAGAAUCAGUAUGGGUGAAUAUUGAAGGCAAAGAUUACCAAAUUUAUGUGAAAGAAGUGGCACUAUGGGAACCUGAUAUGACAGAUGAUGGUAGUUUUGUUGAGGAAUCCAACAAUUUCAUUGGAUCGUUUGAUGAAGGAGAAGAUGAGUCUUUUGGUUUAAAUUCAGAUAAGGAGAAUGAGGAGUAUGAUCAAAACCAUGAAGAUGAUAAUGUUAAUGAAGUUAACAGUGAAACCGAACCUGUACAUGGGGUGGGAAAAAGUGAUGAGGCUGGUAAUGAUGAAAUGGGGAUGAAUAAACCUCCAAAUGCUUCUGUACCAUUGGUGGGUAUUGCUUCCGGUUCAUCUAAGAGAAUUGACCUUGAUAACAUGCAGUCAGAGGAUCAAAGGAGUAGUUAUAGUAUCUCGAAGCCACCUGGUUUCGGGCGUUAA